AUCCCCACCACUUACGAGUUUUCGUUGAACGUAACUCUGUCCCCUUCCCCUUCCCCUUCCCCAAUCUUUCGCUUGAACUUAGUUAAUCCGCACACGACAAAAUAAACAUAAUGGUCAAAUACGCUGCUUCCAUCCUCGUUGCUGCCGCUCUUGUCGCUGCUACCCGUGCCGAGCAACAUCAUAGCGCUCCACGAGACCUCACUGAUCUCGACCUGUUCGAACGCAAGAUCCCCUUCGAUCUCGGUGAUCUCUCUGCUCGGGACGACGCAGACCUAUACACCCGGGACUUUUUCGAGAGUGAGCUCUCGGAACGGGACGUGGAACUCUUGGAGCGGGAACCUAACUUGUGGUUCAAGAAUUCAAUUAAGCAAUACGCAACCCAAUACGGACCGAAGCCCGCCUCGCCUUCUUCCUCUAAGCUGACGACAAGAGAGCUCGACAUCGACGCAGAGCUGUUCGAGAGGGACUUGGAUGAGCUCAUGGAGCGUGGUUUGCAGAAACGCUUCUUCCUCUUCUUCCGCAAGAAAAAAGCCGACGACGCUGACCUCUCAGAGCGGGACCUUGCCGACGACUCUGACCUCCUCGAGCGCGAGUUUGACGACUCAGACCUUCUUGAGCGGGACUUUGAAGAGCUCGAAGCUCGUGAGAGUCUCUGGGAGAAGAUACGUAACAUCUUCACCGGCAAGAAAGGCAAGAACGACAAGAAGAAGAAAGAGGAGGCGGAGAAGAAGAAGGCUGCUGACGCUAAGAAGAAGGCUGAUGCUGACGCUAAGAAGAAGGCUGAAGCUGAUGAUUUGGCUGAGCGGGACUUUAAUGAUGAGGACCUGUUUGAGCGCGAGUUUGACGACGAGCUUAUGGAGCGCGAGCUCGACGAUGAACUCCCUGAGCGUGACUUGGACGAGGAGGUCUUCGAACGGGACAUCCCUGAGGAGGACCUGUACCAACGAGACUUUGAUGAGGAGAUGUAUGAGCGCGACAUUGAGGAUGAGCUUCUUGAGCGGCAGUUUGAUGAGGAGUCAGCCAGGAAGUUUGCUUUCGGGGCUUGCUUAUACCUCCAUCUAUAUUGCCCUCUCAAUGUCUGUGGUGAAGACACCCUUACCACGAAGAAGCUUCGAAAACUCGACCACACGAUUAUUAAAGCUCACGUCGAAUACGGGGCUCUCUACAACGAAACGGCGCCUGUUUUAAACCUUCCUACCGAAAUCCUCUGCCAAAUCUUCGAAGACACCCAAGAUGCAUCGCGGAUCCAUCGGGCUUCCAGACACCCUUGCGUGGAAGUCAUUAUUUCACACGUUUGCAGGGGAUGGCGUUCAGUCGCGUUGUCCUUCCCACCACUGUGGUCAACAUUUCGACAUGAUAGUAUUUGCGACCAGACAUAUCGUCAGUUGGGAAGUCGGCUAGAUGUAUACCUGGACAGGUCAGGCUCACACCUACUUGACCUCUACUUCCAUUUUGGGUACAGCACGAGAUCAACAGGAUCGUUCAAGUCCAUGCUGGAGAGUACGUUGCCACACGUUGCUCGCUGGAGGCGAUUUUUCUUAAUUUCCAACGAUGCUGAGCCCAGAUUGGACUUCUCUGACAGAUUAUCCCGGUUAGAGGCUCCCAACCUUGAAUAUCUGUCAUUAGGUCCUGCUACGCUACAUCCAGGGACCUUUCUACGUGACACUCCAAAGCUAUGCUACUUGAGAAUGGAUACACCAUGUCCUUCCCAAUACUUCCCGCUCCUUUCCAAUAUCACCAUGUUACGAAUUGAGCGUCAUUCUGAUUCAGGUCGUAGUCGCUUGGGGAGUUGGAACGAUUUGCUCGAAAUUCUUGCUUUGCCAUCGUUGUCCAGUUUGUCGAUUUUUGGCCAACACUUUAACAAGCCUGAGUCUCAGCAUUCCUCCAACAUCAUCAUGAAGAAUUUAAAGCACCUUCGCUUUGGCGAGAACAACCUCUUUCGCCACUUCUUCCCAUUAUUGUCUGCACCGCUGCUCGAGACACUGGCUCUAUGUGACCUUCGCUCACCUUUCGCUGAUCUCAUGGAUAGAGAGCCCUUUUACAUGCUACACUCUUUGACUGUAAUCUGCUGUCCAUAUCUCUUCCUUAAACUUGCCGCCAUUAUCCCUUCUGUCACUCACCUUACCGUCUCAGACUCAUUCCCCCCCGAGUGCAUGACUGAGCUGUUUAAUAAGGGCGGGACCAAUCUUUGGGCAAAAUUAAAGGUUCUGUCGGGCAAGAUCUACGAGGAUGGCAGGAGAUUCAGUUUCUACCUCGAGUUUGCUCGAAUGAUGGCAAACCCAGACUUGAUUAUCCGAAUAUCCGCCUCUUACAUCAAAGAGUUGGCCCGGGAAUUCAAGAUAGCGCAGCUUCAGGCAAUGUGUGUGCUUGAAGAAAUGCCCGUGGGGGGUAUUCCAUGGCCACCAGGUGCUGAUGUUCCAGUAGAAACUGAUUUCUUUUCUGUAAAUUACUAUUAAGCUAGUAGUAUUAACCACUACCCGAACCA